CCUUCUUGCUCCGGUCUCCAUCUGCCAGUCGCUCGAAAAGGAAGUUGGGCUUUUCGAGAUCACUCGCUUGCAGCAUGGUCGUCGUUGGCAUUGUGCGACGGCUCGCGGGCGCAUCGGCCAUCGGUGUCGUCAUUCUCGCCUGCACGGCGGCUUGCCAGUCCUUUCCCAUUCUCCUCCCUCCUGCCACGCCCACGUCGACGGACAUGGCCGUUGGGCCGCCGCCGCCCGCGUCGAACCUCACCGCGCAGCCUCUGCCAGCACCACCGCAGCCAGCGCUGGGCACCCAGCAAUUCACCAUCCAGCUUGUCCCACCGGACCCGAGCGUGUACCAGAGCAUCCCCGUGCCCGCCAACUUCCUCGGCAUCUCUCUCGAGCUGAGUGUGGCCGACGACUAUCUCGGUCAGGAGAUUGGCGAACCAAACUAUCAGUUCCUCAACUACCUCAACAACAUCCGAAUUAGAGCUGGAGUGGGUCCUGUCCUGCGCAUUGGAGGUAACACGCAGGACACGGCCAUCUACAAUGAGAGCUUCGCCGGCAUCAUCACCAAACUUCAUGGCGGGUAUUCUGAAACCGGUGUUCCCAUCACACCAUCUAUCGAGUACGGCGCCUCAAUAUUCGCCCUCACGGCCCAAGUCGUUCACAGCGUCGAUGCGCAUGUAGUCUGGGGUGUCAACAUGGUCAACAACACCGCAUCGUUUACCGUCCCCAUGGUCAGCUCGAUCCGGAAGGCGCUAGGCGACCAGCUCCUGUUACUCCUGGUGGGAAACGAGCCGGAUCGAUACACCAUCACCGGCGCACGACCGCAGAGCUACUCAAUCGAAAACUAUCUCGACGAAUGGCGCGACCUUACGGACCGCAUCAUCGCGGCAGACUACAGGGACGCUCCCAAGCAGUUUGUCGGCCCAAGCAUUUGCUGCUACUGGACCACGCAGCAGGUCAUGGACGGUGGCAUGCGGAGUCGCUUCUCAGACCGACUCAAGGCCGUGAGCGCCAUCUCAUACCCCCAGACGCUCUGCUCCCCCAAUGUCGUCCUCGGUCACCCCUUUUACACCAACCAGUCGCAGAUUGUCAACUUUGCCACCGCUCAGGCUGACGCCAUCGGUGCUUCGGUGGCCAACAACCAGCCGUACUACCUCGUUGAGACCAACACAGCCUCGUGCGUCGGCCUGGCAGACGUGUCCGACACCUUUACCGCCGCCAUCUGGGCAGUGAACCAGGCGCUGCAGUUUGCCUACCGCAACGUCACCGGCAUGUUGCUCCACAACGGCGGCCAAUCCAUCCUCUACAAUCUCAUGACUCCACCGGCCUACAAUGCCACGCUGCGGUCGUGGAAGACGGGGCCCAUCUACUAUUCGCUCCUCGUCGUCGCCGAGGCGCUCCGACCGUCUACGCAAGGUGCCGUCGUGACAGUGACGGACCAGUGGCUGCCCCACGCCAACGCAGCCGCCUACAACAUAUAUGAAAACGGACAGGUGGCCAGGAUGGUGCUGAUCAACAUGGUCAGCGAUGCAUCCGGCGCAAACAGCCUCAACGUUCACUUUGAGCAGCCACAGGGCACGGGCGACACGCUGCCCUACAAGCUCCUUGCUGCGCCGAGCUUGGCGGAAAAGGCAAACAUUACGUGGGCAGGUCAGACUUGCGGGUACCACUCAGACGGGUCCCUAAAGGGAGACGAAGUGACACUACACGCCAAUUGCGACAACGGCAACUGCACUGUUGCGAUUCCUGCCCCGGCAGUCGCCAUCGUCUACCUCAAUCCCGGCGGCGAGCAGGUGGCAGCCGAGGCAACGGCGAGUUCGACGGCUUUCCAACCCGUGGGCACCCAAAAUGCACAGAUCGUGCUGGGAAGCAACGGUGGGCGGGGAAGGAGGGGCGGGACAACGUCCAAAGGAAGCCUCAAGAGCUCGUCUACCACCUCUCUGGCCGUGGCCGAGCCUUCGUCGAGCAGAAUCAAGAUUGCCCUCUUCAUCUUGGCCACCUCCAUCGUCAUCUUUGUUUCGGUAUGACCAGUUUUUCCUCAGCCACCACAUCCUCACUUGUAGAGUUAUAAUGAC